CAACAUUUAAUUUUGAGAAAAUAGUUGGAUUUUUGUAUUUAUUUUAUUAGUUUCUGAAAGUGCCCUUUUCAGAAAAAGGAGGCUUUCCAUCGGAUUCCAGUGUCGAUUUUCUGCUUCUGCAUCUGCAUAACCCGUUAAUAAUUGCUGCAAAACCCUAAUUCCCCAAAUCGUUGAUGAAAGGUUCGAAGCGUUUGGCCGCGUCGGAACCCAACCAGAUCGAUACCAACGAAACGGGGUUCCGGAAUAAAAGAAUAAUGGAAGGAUCCCUCUUUGAUGUCCAUAGGGCCGAACCAUCCCAACAACCAAUUGUGGCAGCACCACCAUUGGAUAUGAAACGGGCGGAGUCAUCACAGCAGCAUGUGAGAGCUUUAAAUACCCAGUUUGCAAGUUGGGUUCAAACACAACUAAAGAAUCAUCCUGAUGAGCUUUGGGAAGAUGGUGUCAGAGAUUACUUAGAUCAUGCUUCAAGCAUUAUGGAAAAGUUUAGUGAUGUUGUCAACUGGCUCAAAGCAAAUGCCACUAAGGCAGAAAAUUCAGCUGCUGAUGCUAGUGCUGCUUUUUCUGGGAAAAAGCUCUUGCCUGAAGUAAUAAUCAAUGAAAAUAAAUCUUCUGGAGAAAAAACUGGGUCUACUCCUGUUAGUACUGCUACAAAUUUUACUAGUUCUUGGAGCCCUGGAUUAUUUUCAAACAGUCAAGGCAUUUUUGGAAUUGGAAAUCAAAGUUCGGCUAUCUCUAAUCAGAGUUUGUCUCCCUCUAAUCAAAGUUUGGCUCCCUUUAACAACAAUGCUUCAGAUGAUGUAGAUGGUGAAAAUGAGUUGGAGCAGCCUAGCAGCCCAUCAGUUAAGAAGUCAGAAGAGAAAGGUGUAGUAGUUGUACAUGAAGUAAAGUGCAAGCUUUAUGUGAAGUCAAGUGAUCCAGGAGAUAAAGAUGCAUGGAAAGAUAAAGGAAUGGGCCAACUGUCUAUUAAAUGCAAAGAGGGUGUCAGCAAGGCUACCAAAGAGUCCAAACCUACAAUUGUUGUUCGAAAUGAGGUAGGAAAAGUUCUUCUCAACGCCCUGUUGUAUCCAGGAAUCAAAACAAAUCUGCAGAAGAACUCUCUUGUUGCAAUAUUCCAUACUUCGGGUAAUGCUGACGGAAGUGGUGGAGAUAACGAUAGUGUUGUUGCACGUACAUUCUUGAUCCGGAUGAAAACAGAAGAUGAUCGAAAUAAACUGGCUUCAACCAUCAAAGAAUAUGCUCCAAUGUCUUGAGAGUACAAGAGUCAUGAUUAUUGUGCCACCUUGAGCCAUUUAAAGUAAUCGAAUACGGGAUCCACCUUCAAUUUUUCCUUUCACCAUUUUAUUUUUUUAUGAUGUCAUUUGUUAGAUUCUGUGUUUCCAAACCUUGUGUUUGGAGGCUGUUGCUUAUGUACCAUAUGAGAAGGUUGCAUUUGGUCGGAUAAAAUGCCUUAGAUUAAUGCAAUUGUAGUUUAAAGUUAAAAGUGAUGCAUUCAUCACCUUGGACCUGCCGUACUAUUUUUUAAAGCCAGCCAAACGGCAGAGAAACCGCAUGUUUACAGAAUUUGAAGACAAGGUGGAGGACUAGAACAUGGUUGUUUCAUAUUUAGAUAAA